GGAGAAGGUUCUUUUUGACCCUGGUAAAAAAAGGACUAGCUGUGGAAAAACAAAAUUAUCCCAUGAAAGUAUCUGCCAAACAUUGUUAAAAUGCAUGCUCUGUUUUCUCCUAGUAAAUUACCUGCCAGUUAACAAGAGGUGGCUAGGUUGCAUUGAGGUGGCUAGAUAUGGCAUAAAGUGAAAUGCAUAGUGGCUAGAUAUGGCAUAAAGUGAAGUGCAUAGUGGCUAGAUAUGGCAUAAAGUGAAGUGCAUAGUGGCUAGAUAUGGCAUAAAGUGAAAUGCAUAGUGGCUAGAUAUGGCAUAAAGUGAAGUGCAUAGUGGCUAGAUAUGGCAUAAAGUGAAAUGCAUAGUGGCUAGAUAUGGCAUAAAGUGAAGUGCGAAGUUAUAAAGCCAUCUACCCAGAGAUGGACCCUGACAAAAACAGACAGGGGUUAUCGAUGGCAAAAUGAAUUUUAACCCUAAGAGAUAGCACUUUGGGUGUAGUCAACAGAAAUUUGUAAGAGAUAGCAAAUUGGGUAUGGUAGAAGGAACUUUUUACACUAAGAGAUAGCCUUGUACCAAGGCUACUCUGUCAGUGCACUUCAGAUUCAAGAUGUUGGAUGCUCUCAGAGCUAAAUCAUGUUAGAAACCUGGCCGUGCAGCAUAAAAGAGGCCUGGGGAUAAGGCUACCUAAAAAACAUAAAACACCCUCUAAGGAAUAACAGUUGAAUUUUAUACUCAAAGAGAUAGCAGAAUCGGAAAAAAUCGUUCAACACCCUCUAAGGGAUAGCAGUUGGUAGAAAUUUAAUACCAUAAGAGAUACCAAAACCACCCCCGUCUACUUUUCGGGACAGUCCCCCCUCCCCCGGAGCCAGUUAUAGCUUGGAUAAAAUUCACUUGGAGCAUAGGGACAGCCUUGUCUAUGGAUGGCUUGCAGAGGUAUCCCACAAAACGUUUUCUUUAUAGGGUCCCUGUCAGCAAGUUUGAGACAGCUACUCUCCAAUCCUUAUACAUUAGGGGGGGGGGGGUAUGAUACAGAGACAUUAAGAAAACUGGGGUCACGGCCACGCCCCUAUUGGUCAUUUCCUUAAAAUAUUAGAUAAGACUGGGGACUCCUAAGGCUUUGUUAUAUCCAUUGGUACAGUCUCUAGUCAGUGGCGGCAGAGCUGGUCUAAGAGCCAGUAGGCUCAAAACAUAGGCCCUGCUGUAGAACACUGGACUGCUAUUUUAUAAAGCUUAACCACUCUUUAUUCUAAGCUUUUUAGUAUAAAUCUUACAGUCCCACAUCAAGAGAAUUUCACUUUUUGGAGACUUUUGAAACAGCCUUGAUAGAAACACCUAAGUGACCAUAAUUUAUCCCAUGAUUGCACAUGAUUUCAUUUGAUUUGGGGCACCCCUAAGGCAGCACACCCCCUGCUAUAUGACCUUUUCUGCUAAAGUUCACAGACUAGGUAUCCUCUUCCAAAGCUAAGUAUUCCGUGCAGGGAUCAAGUUUCAUGCAUACCUCAUCAAACCUCUAUUUAAUGGCCUCAGCUGCGAAAGAACAUAUCUGUGCUGUUGAAAUACACACCUCGAAACACGAUCUAAAAGCUUUGGGACUUUUCCUUCGAGAUGGAAGAAGUAAGAAGUGAUGAGCCGCUGACCGCUACCGCUGACGUCACGCACCGCCCUUACUACGAUGACGUAUUCAAGCAUAUCCGGUCAUUUGGUCCGAUGCAACGGCUAGUGUUUUCUUUCAUCUUUUUCCUGGUCCUGAUGAUGGCAAUGCAGUAUGGGUUACUGGUGUUUGCCAUGGGAACGCCAAGAUUCUACUGCGCAGACGUGAACAGCACGUGUCCAGAAGAUAAUGUGUGUUGCGCUAACUGUACGACGUACGCUUACGAGGAAGGCCAGUUCACCUCCACUGUCACUGAGUGGAAGCUGCUGUGCGACCGGGCCUACCUAGCGGCCACCAUUCAGUCUUGCUACUUCGCUGGAAUGUUUUUUGGUUCCAUCACAGGCGGAUGGUUGUCUGACAACUUUGGAAGAAAACCUACAAUCUUUAUAGGAAUACAAGUUAUGGCUCUGGUUUCUCUUGCUUCCUCAUUCUCCGACGCCAUCUCGCUGCUUUCAUUACUUCGCUUCAUCAUCGGCUUCUUCCAGAUGGUCUUAAAUGUGACAUAUUUUGUGUACGCCAUCGAGAUCUUGGGCCCAAAGUACCGCACACUUGGAGGACAAUUAGUGACUGUCGGAUUCAUAUUGGGAAGCAUCCUCACUGCGUUCAUAGCGUAUUUUAUCCGAGACUGGCGAAUGUUGAUCAUUGUAUGUAGCGUUCCUGGACUGGCAUUCAUUCUAACCUGGAGGGUUUUCCCCGCCUCCCCACGCUGGCUUAUCGCGCACAACAGAUUGGAAGAAGCGCACUCUAUCUUGGUUAAAUUUGGUAGCAAAGACUCUAAACCUAUCGACGAGCAAGCGCUCAGAGAACUAAUAGAAGAGGUGAGAAGAGAUCAACUUGAACGGCACAAAAUGGACGACAAGAGAUACACGAUGGUGGACCUCGUGCGAACACCAAAACUGAGAAAGAGAUCAUUUAUCUUGUUUUAUACUUGGGUGGUAAUUGCCAUCGUCCAUUUUGGUUUCUAUCUGUACGUGACAAGCCUGACGGGUAACCUGUAUGUCAACUUCACUAUGAUGAACGUCAUUAGUAUACCUAAGGCGUUUGCCUUUGUGGUUAUCAUGAAAACGUUUGGGCGGCGCCUUCCUUACAGCGUUUGCAUGUUGGUCACAAGUCUGUUCUGCUUUCUUAUCUUGGCGAUUCCUAAAGAGUACCCCCUUGCCGUCACUGUGUUAGCCAUGCUUGGAAAGUCCCUAAUGAGCGUGCAGUUUGAAAAUGCGUUCCUUUAUUGCACGGAGCUUUACCCAACAGUAGUGAGAUCAAAUGCGUUUGGGUGUGGAACCAUGUUGUCCCGUCUUGGUGGAAUGUUGACCCCUUACAUCGCAAUGCUGGGCCAACUGCCUAAUUACGGCGUGUACGUUCCCGCUACCAUAUUUGGUGUUCUGACGCUUGUUGGGGCGAUCAUGUCGCUAUGGUUACCAGAGACGCUGUUAGCCAAAUUGUUUCAGACGGUGGAGGAAGCCGAGGCGGCACAAGAGGACUUCUCCGUCAUCUGCUGGGGACAUCAAAAGAGACGCAAGCGAGAGGCGGAAGACCUAGGCGAUGAUUACAUCAAGGAUACUGAGAUAUGAGCUUCCAAUGUCAUCGUGUGAAUAACCAGCUGACACUUCUCGU